AUGGCGGGCCUCAUAAAGAGGCUCGUGAGCAGAAGAAAGAGCAAAAAGGCCGCUCGGGAGGCCCAGGAGGCGCCGGAGCCUCCCGCCCCUCCACCGCCCGCUCCUCCGAAGCCGGUGAAGAGGAAGAAGAUUCUCAUCGUCUUCUACUCGCUGUACGGACAUGUCUACAAGAUGGCCCUGGCGCAGAAGGAGGGGGUGGAGUCGGUGGAGGGCUGCGAGGCCGUGUUGUACCAGGUGAAGGAGACUCUGGACGACGAGAUUCUGGAGAAGAUGGGCGCUGCACCCAAACCGGACGUACCGAUCGCGGACCCGAAGGACUUGGUGAAAGGCGACGGGAUCAUAUUCGGGUUUCCAACGAGGUUUGGCAUGAUGUGCGGCCAGAUGAAAUGCUUCUUCGACUCGACGGGUGGGCUUUGGAAGUCAGGGGCCCUGGUGGGCAAGCCCGCCGCCAUCUUCACGUCCACAGGGACGCCGAACAGCGGACAGGAGACGACGCCCUUCACAGCCGUUACCCAGCUUGCCCACCACGGCAUGGUUUUUGUGCCCGUGGGAUACACCCAGGGACAGGACCUGUUCAGCAAUGAAGAGGCUCGUGGCGGGAGUCCCUGGGGCGCUGGCUGCCUUGCAGCUGCCGAUGGGAGCCGACAACCAUCUGAAAUGGAGCUUUCCGAGGCCAGGCACCAGGGGAGUUACUUUGCGGGGGUGGUGCGAUCGUUUGACAAGGAAUGCAAGAAAACAGCGGAAUAA